CUCGAAAAGAGUGCGCUUUGGUUUGUCAUGAGGCAGUUAGCUCGGAUGACUGGCGGAGGUCAGGCCGCGUGUCAUCACGUCGCGACGAGCCUCGCGCGAGGUGCUCUCGUUAAACGGCGUUUGGUGGCCUGUGUGUGUGUGUGGAGAUAGUCUUACACUCGCAGUACGGUUGAGGGAUAUAAAGUGAGGAAACCCGUUGGAGCUGCUGCGUGAUCAUUUCUCCUCGGACCCAUUUCACGGUUGGACCCGACGCGGUGGUCGUGUGACCGGUGCGUGCAGAAUGCGGAGUGGCGCUGCCAGCGGAGGUAAAGCGGACACGUCUCUGGUGCCAGCACUCACAUCUCAGCCAUGAGGAAUCUUUGGACCAAAGCAGGUGUUUUAGGUUCGAUGUCGGCGGCUUUUGGUUCAAUGCUGUGGUCGCAGAAGCAAGCUGAGUCGGAACAGGUUGCUUCCGGUUGCACCGCAGCUCAAACAAGUCCUAGUUCUCCCUACAAACUAAAAUUGGUUCAAGUUCUGUUCCGACAUGGCGCUCGAACGCCGCUAAAGUCAAUACCUGGUGUUACGGAGGUCCAAUGGUCGCCAACACUCUUGGAGCCUCCAGCACACACCCACAUCGACUAUGAAGUGACAGAUCUUCAUGGCGGCCCUAGACCCCCAUCCCCUGUAGAAGACAGCUAUCGGAAAAACGUGCUGAACGGUGGCUCGUUCCCCGGUCAGCUGACCACAUUGGGCAUGCAGCAGCUGUAUGAGCUGGGCAAGAAGCUGAGGAGGAGGUACGUCGAGGAGACCCAGUUCCUCAGCUCCACCUUUACCCCGGCUGAGGUCUAUGUGCGUUCCACGAACAUCGUGAGGACCAUUGAAUCCGCCAAGUGCCUGGUCGCAGGGCUCUUCCUGCAAAAACAAACAGAAACUGUCCCUAUAUUCACAACGGGGGCCGAGUCUGAAAUCCUGUAUCCUAACUACCACGCCUGCAAGCUGCUCAAAGUCCUCGUCAGCCACCGCUGGGCAGAGUCGUCCACGCUGCCAGACAUCGCGGCCGACAUGCAGAGCAUCAAGAAGGCGCUGGGCAUCGCUGCUCACCAGCACAUGGACUUCAUCCUCAUUAGGGACGACAUGGUCGCCAGAGAGACGCACGGCCUGCGCUGCCCAUCAGUGCUGGAGACCUGGAGGACGAAAGUGGAACAGAGGGCUGUGGACAUGAUCUACCAUGUGUAUGCACAAGACAGCAGCACGGAGACCCUGCAGCUGUGUGUGGGACCCCUCCUGCACUCAUUGAUAGCCAACAUUGAUGAGAAACUUGAGGGGACCUCACCAGACAGGAAGUUAUUUUUAUACUCGGCACAUGACACCACGUUGAUUCCCUGUUUGAUGGCUCUGGGGAUUUAUGACAUGAAAUGGCCACCGUUUGCCGCCGAUAUCACUUUGGAGCUGCACCAACACCGGGAGACCAACAAGCCCUUUGUUAAAGUGUCAUACGUAGGCAAGGAUCAACUUUUACCUGGUUGCAGUGGAGUCUACUGCCCCCUGGAAGAGUUUAAGAAGGCCCUCUCUGCUCACUCGAUUCACCCUGAAGCCUACCACUCACUUUGUAACAGCAAAGAGGGCCUGGCUGAACCCUGAGCCAUCUACUCAUGUCUCAACACACUGCUCUCCUUGACAUUACACGUACAGGUACCAUACAUCAUGUUGUUUCUUUUACAUUCUCCUCUCACUCCAUCCAGCCUCCAUCACCAGGGAACGCUUUCUUGGCUGUACAAAUCCUGGAUUACAUGUUUUUGCAUCGGUGUACACCAAACUCGUAUUUUCAUAAUUCCUCAUUGUCAUGUAACCAGUGUAAGGCAGUGAAAUGUAACAUUUAGGUAGAGUAAUUUAAUGGUUAUGGCAUAUUGACAAGUAGGACUGCAGAAUAAUUUUGCCAAAUGGUAUUUUACGUGAUAUCGGAUGCUUUGUGCGCGUGUCUGUUUGCAUGCACUUAACCUGUUUGGCUUGAUGAUGAUGUAGGCGCCGUCAAACCAACAAUGUCUGGACCGUCCCCCAUGUGCUGUCAUAGAUCUUUAAGAGCAGAUGACACAUACAUACUUUCAUUAAGGAGGUAUAUGGCACAUAGUAAUAAGGCUAAUGUGGCACCAAUGCCGUAAUGAUGCAAUUGUUCUCCCAAUCUGGUUGUGUUCACAAUAAAAUAAAUCUUUCAUAUUCAAUCA